AUGAGUGAAGACGAAAAGGCGGAUGAAGGAGGAGAGAGGAAGGGAGGUAAAGAUGGGAGCACAUAUCCAGGGGAAGGUAUUCGGAUGUCUGUAUAUGGAUUAAAAACCUACACCGCUGAACAGGAAAAGGAGCAGUGGAGAGAGAAUGUCAGGCGUGAGUUUAGGAUCAACAAGAACCACUUCAUUAACUCAGGCAAAAGUGCUGAUGUAUGCAAUACAUGGAAAGUCAAUUUCAGUCGUUAUUUCAAGGGUGAACAACCUCUACAAAACAUCAGUUAUUUCAAUACAGGAAAAAAGAGCAAGGCCUUAUCGAUUUAUGAUAGGACAUUCCACAUCGAGGAAGGAUAUUGUAGUAAACUGCGCCGUGAUGAUCGACAACACAGCUUUGCACUAGAUAUCUAUUCAGAGGAAUGCAAAAAAGACGUACCAACACUUACAUCAUCCCAGUAUGGUCGACGUCCCGCACUCGAAACACCAUCACGAAAACACUGUCGAGUAUUGACGGUAAAGAGAGACUUCUACCGGGAAAGCGGUGCACAUAUCAUGGGGAAAUUAUCCAUGUUAAAAUAA